AUGGAGGAUGCCGUGGCCGACGAAGAACUCUUGGACCAGGACUCGUCCGACAGCGAAGAGGAAGCGGACCAGAAGGGACAUUCCUAUAACGAGUUGUUGCAACUACUGAACGCCGGCAACGACGCCAAUGGCCCCGCUCGCAAGAAGCGAAAGACCGAUCACCGAAAAGCCGAGAUUAAAGAGGUGACCCGCGAUGACGCAGAAGAGGACGAGGAUGAGGCUUUGUUGGGAGAGGACGAUCUAGAGCAACAAGCACCGUCGGACGCCGAGGACGAAGACAAUCAGCCCGAAGACGAGGCAGAUUUACAAGCAGACAGUGAUGAUGAAGAUGCAGAUAAUGAUCCUUUCGACACCCACUUCAACACCCUCAAAGAAGAGGACUUGAACAAGAAAAUUAAGGCCAUUGAGGAGAAAAAGUGGAAGAGCACCAAGAAGGAACUUGCCGAGGGGCUGAAGUUCGUGCGCUCUAUCCCUGAUACGGGCGACGAUGCAUCCUUGUUGGCCGCAAUGAAGAGCGUCUCGGGCGUCAAGCUCAAGAAGAAGCUCAAGGCUCCUGCAACAGAACAUAUCUCCAAGAUCGAUGGCGAUGCUCAACAUCUUGCGCCCUACAUUUUCGGCUACCAGGAUGUCCUUUAUGGCGCUCGCACGGCAGACAACGCAGCUCACCUGCGAGACCUCCUGGCUCUGCAUGCGACGAAUCAUAUACUGAAGACGCGCGACCGCGUCCUCAAGAACAACGCUCGCGUGGCCAAGGAACAAGAUUCCGACCUGGACGUCCGGGAUCAGGGUUUCACUCGGCCCAAGGUGCUGUACCUGCUACCCACCAAGCAAGCCUGUGUGCGGGCGGUGGACGCCAUCACGCGGUUCUUCCAGCCCGAGCAACAGGAGAACCGGAAGCGACUUCUCGACACCUUCUCGUCUGCUGACGACAAGUCCUGGGAGAACAAGCCGGACGACUUCCGCGACCUGUUCGGCGGCAACGACGAUGACAUGUUCCGCCUGGGUCUCAAAUUCACGCGCAAGACCGUGAAGUACUUCGCUCAAUUCUACACAUCCGACAUGAUCCUUGCCAGUCCGCUCGGUCUACGCACGAUCAUGGACCAAGCCGAUGCGAAGAAGCGUGAUCACGAUUUCUUGUCCUCGAUCGAAGUUGUCAUCAUCGACCACGCGGACGGUCUGCUCAUGCAGAACUGGGAUCACGUCGACUACAUCCUCAAGCAUCUGAACCUGCAGCCGCGGGAGGCGCACGGCUGUGACUUCAGCCGGGUGCGGACGUGGUACCUGGACAACCAGGCGCGGCACGUCCGGCAGAUGAUCAUGCUGUCCUCGUUCCUGACGCCGGAGAUGAACGCUGCGUUCUCGACGCAGAUGCAGAACGUCUUCGGUCGGGUUAAGGUCAGCCCGGUCUACGCGGGCGCCAUCGGGGAACUGGCGCUCCCCGUGCCCGUGCGGCAGACCUUCUCACGCUUCGACAGCCUCUCGCCGGCCAAGGAUCCGGACGCGCGGUUCAAGCACUUCACGACGACCGUGCUGUCGUCGCUGGUGCGCGACCUCAGCAAAAACGGCGGCGGCGGCGGCGGCACGCUGAUCUUCAUCCCCUCGUACCUGGACUUCGUGCGCGUGCGCAACUACUUCGCCACCUCGACGCAGACGACCCACGUCUCCUUCGGCGCCAUCAGCGAGUACACGGAUGUGCGUGAGGGCACGCGCGCCCGCACCCACUUCGUGCAGGGCCGCCACUCGGUGCUGCUGUACACCGAGCGCAUCCACCACUUCCGCCGCUACCAGCUCCGCGGCGUCAAGCGCAUCAUCAUGUACGGGGUGCCCGAGAACCCGACCUUUUACGCCGAGAUCGUGGGCUUCCUGGGCCUGGACCCCGCGCAGGCCGCCGAGGCCGCCCAGGGCGGCGGCGUCCGCGCCCUGUUCUCCAAGUGGGAUGCCCUGAAGCUGGAGCGGAUCGUCGGGACGAAGCGCCUCGGAAACAUGAUGCGCGAGAAGGGCGGGGAUACUUUCACCUUCAUGUAG